AUGUCCAAGCUAGGCCGUCUGUCGGAAUUCGACAUAGCUCAUCCAGAACGUUGGAGUUCUUACGUAGCCCAGGUAAAGAACUAUUUUAGGGUAAACCAAGUUCAGGAGGAUAGUCUUAAAGCUGCUACGCUACCAUGUGUCUGUGGGCAGGAGAUUUUUGAUAUUGCAGAGAAUCUGGUCGCCCCAGUGCCACUUGAAUCCAUUGCUUAUGCUGAACUGAAAAGGAUUUUGCGAGAACACUUCGAACCAAAGCUUUCGAGUGUCUUAAGUUAUAACCUAGCAAUUAUCUCCAUCUUGGCAAACUCAUACGAUACUAACACUUUCUGGAAGCUUACAUUAACUACUGUAUCUCUUUGUAGUUCCAAUCUGAAGCUGUCAGAUCCUUAUGAAAAGUACCUGAAGCCAUUUAAGACAAUGUGUUUGAAGCUGAAGAAUUACCAGCAUGUCCUGACCAUGGCAUUUGCAGUGAAGGAGAUCAAUGAGAAUUCCCAAAUCUUAUCAAAUGUUACCCUGGGAUUCUACAUAUAUGACACUUAUUCCAGUGCAAGGAUGACUUAUUACAAUACUUUGAAGCUUCUUUCCACUUGGAAAAGGACCAUUCCUAAUUAUAUCUGUGAGGAGGCAAAAAAAAUGAUGGCCUUGAUUGCCUAUUCUGUAUUUGCUCCAGUGAUGAAUGCUAGCAAAUUUCUCCCUUUCUUGUAUCGAAUUAUGCCAAGUGAUGCAGUUCAAUAUUCAGGAAUUGUACAACUUCUUUUGCACUUCCACUGGACGUGGGUUGGGAUCAUUGCAACUGAUAAUGAUGAUGGAGAAAGGUUUGUGCAGACCUUAACUCCAUUGCUCGCUCACCAUGGCAUCUGCCCAGCCAUUAUUGCAAAAAUACCAACAUUAUCUCAUUAUUUAAAUUACUAUGAGUUAUUGAUGCACACCUCACCUGAAUCCAUGUUAUUAACUUCAUCUGAAGUUAAUGUAUUUGUUCUACAUGCAAACCAUAGAACUAUAACAUGUAUUAAAUGGUUGAUUUAUAUGUAUGACUUAUUGGAAGGCAAUAAAACUAAAUCAGUAAAUAAAAUCUGGAUUAUGACAGCCCAUUGGGAUUUCUCAUCAGACAUUUUGCAGAAAAGUUUUGAUAUGAUGUUCUUCCAUGGUGCUUUAUCUUUUGCAAUUCACUCCAAGGAACUGCUGGGAUUCACUCAUUUUCUGCAGGGAUUACAUCCUCAUUCAGAUAAUAAUGAUAAAUUUAUCCCGAUAUUCUGGCAACAGGCAUUUGGCUGUUCACUUUCUGGUGAUAAUGGAAAAGAAUGCACCGGGGAAGAGAAACUGGGCCAUUUGCCAGGGGUUCUUUUUGAAAUGAGCAUGACAUCUCAGAGCUACAGAAUUUACAACGCUGUUUAUCUCUUAGCAUAUGCUUUGCAUGAGAUUUACAAACCCAAGCCAGAAACAAGAGCUGUAUUUAAUAGAUGUCGUCUGACUUUUCUGAAUCUGAAACCUUGGCAGAUUCACCCCUUCCUGAGGAGCAUCACUUUUAAUAACAGUGCUGGGGAUAUUGUAUCUUUCAAUGAAAAUGGUGAAUUAACAGCUGGAUAUGAUAUUCUAAACUGGGUUAUUUUCCCAAACCAAUCCUUUGCAAGAGUGAGAGUAGGAAAGAUGGAUCCCCAGGAUAAAGAACUCAUCAUUAAAACAGAUACCAUCACAUGGCAUAGUUCAUUUAAUCAGAUAUGGACACAUUACAUAUCCUAUCUUUCAGAUACAGAUGAUUGUUUCCAAUGCCCAGAAGAUCAGUAUCCAAACAAAAACAAAGAUCAAUGCCUUCCUAAAAGAAUUAACUUCCUCUCUUUCACUGAACCCUUGGGGGUCACAUUAAUCUUUUUGACUUUGAUGUUAUCUGUAAUCACAGUUUGGGUGCUUUGGAUAUUCACAAUACAUCGGAACACUCCCAUUGUCAAAGCCAACAAUCGGGAUCUAACCUACUAUCUCCUUAUAUCCCUCCUGCUGUGUUUUCACUCCUCAUUCUUGUUCAUUGGCAAACCACAGACCCUGACUUGCUAUUUGCGACAAACCACUUUUUCCAUCAUUUUUUCAGUAGCUAUUUCUUGCAUAUUGGCCAAAACUGUCACUGUGGUUCUUGCUUUCAUGGCCACCAAGCCAGGAUCCAAAUUGAAAAAAUGGGUAGGAAAAAGACUGGCCAACUUUAUUCUUCUUGGCUGCUCCCUGAUUCAAGCUGGGAUUUGUUUUCUAUGGUUAUGGAUAUUUCCUCCUUUCCUAAAUUUUGACUUUCAUGCUUUGGCUGAAGAAAUUGUGGUGGAGUGCAAGGAAGGAUCAGAUAUCAAGUUUUAUUGUGUUCUGGGUUACUUGAGUUUUCUAGCCAUUGUUAGCUUCACUGUGGCAUAUUUUGCUAAGAAACUGCCUGAUAUUUUCAAUGAAGCCAAAUUUAUCACCUUCAGCAUGUUGGUGUUUUGCAGUGUGUGGUUUUCUUUCAUUCCCUCUUACUUGAGCACCAAAGGAAAAUACAUGGUGGCUGUAGAGGUCUUUUCCAUCUUGGCUUCUAGUGCUGGAUUAUUGGGCUGUAUUUUUUUCCCUAAGUGCUAUAUAAUUCUGUUUCAGCCUAUAUUAAACAGCAAGGAUUUGCUCAUUAGAAGGAAAUAG